GCACCACUCAAAUUUUGGCAACAUUUGCAUUAGGGAAACAGUCUUCCUUUUUACAGACACUAAAGAGAAAUCAAGAAGAAAGUCAUGAUCUGGGGUUUACUUUACCCACCAAGAUCAUGAUCUUUCUAAUUUGAUUCCUUGCCUUUUGAUAAAAAAAUUCUAAAAUAUUUAAAAAGCACAUUCUUUGUCUUGAUUUUUGCUGUAUUUUUUUUAUUAGACAAAAGUUUAAGGUAAAAAGAAUGGCUUCGCGAUCUUUCAAGCGCUUGGUUGAGCAAAAGAUGGGGAGAGUUGGGUUGUUCUUCAUAUACGCUGUUCUUGAAUGGGUGAUGAUCCUCAUUCUUUUCAUUGAUGGUUUUCUUGCACUUUUCACCAACGAAUUCGCCAAGUUCUUCGAAUUGAAAGUCCCCUGCUUGCUCUGCACGAGGAUCGAUCACAUUUUCAUUAAACGGAACACCAGUUUCUAUUACAACGAUUCCAUUUGUGAAGGCCACAAGAAGGACAUCUCUUCCCUCGCGUAUUGUCAUGUCCACAAGAAGCUUUCUGAUAUUAGGAACAUGUGUGAGGGCUGUCUUCUCUCUUUUGCAACAGAGAAAGAUGCUGAUUGUGAUAAGUACAAGUCAUUAGUUGGGAUUUUACACAAGGAUAUUGAUUGCUUUGUGGAUGAUGAUCAGAGAAUGUCUAUAAAAUCAGUGAAGAAUGAAGAAGAGGUCAUCAAAACUGGAAGUGUCGUCAUCCUGAGGUGCUCUUGUUGUGGGGAGCCUCUGAAAAUGAGGACUAAAUAUUCGCGGAACUCUUCUAUGAAUGGAAAUCUUUGUUCUCAAGCGCCUGCACCAUCUCCUCGAUCUCCCUUAACGUGGAAAAACGAGGAAUUGGGCAAUAUGGAAUUGCCUCAUAUUCAGUACACUAAGCUCAAGUUUAUCUCUGAUAAUGACUCAGAUCUUCCAGAUGAUGAAGGUCACCAGAAUGCAGCAGGUAGAGAGGAUAUUAAAGCUGCUACUGUCCCGCUGCUACCAGAUCCGGAGGACAUACAUGAUGAAUCUUGCAAAACCCCAAGUUCUGCAAGAAACAAGUUCUUUGGGAUCCCAUUGUCAGACUCAGCUCAAGCCAGUCCUAAAUGGCCUUAUAGGCCCAGAAAAUUGGGUGGUGAUAAGAGUGAAUUCACUUCAGAUGCUAAUGACACGAGUGCAGGGAACGAAGCAGAUGAUGAGAUCGUGCAUAGCUUGAAGAGGCAGGUCCGUUUGGACCGCAAGUCUCUCAUGGCACUGUACAUGGAAUUAGAUGAAGAAAGAAGUGCUUCUGCUGUUGCAGCAAACAACGCCAUGGCCAUGAUCACGCGUUUGCAAGCAGAGAAGGCGGCUGUCCAAAUGGAAGCCUUGCAGUAUCAGAGAAUGAUGGAAGAGCAGGCAGAAUAUGACCAAGAGGCCUUGCAAGUCAUGAAAGACUUGGUUUUGAAGAGAGAGGAAGAGAUAAAAGUUUUGGAGGCUGAACUUGAUACCUACAGGGAGAGAUAUGGAGUCAUCAAGAAAGUCGGCAGUGAGGUAUGUGAAGUUGAUGCAGAUGAUGAUUAUCAAGAGUUGAGAUCUCAGUCUGCGUCAUCCUUCAAUGAUAUAUCCGACUGUGGCAGCCCUCGUGAAGUAGCUCAGAAUGGAGUAAACGAGUUCCAUAUUGAACGUCAUGAGGAAUACAAUGAGGGAAAUGUAGAUGAAUCAAACCUUGAUUUUGAGAACGAGAGAUCUUAUCUACAGGGUCUGUUAAAAAACCUUGAGAAGAAGAUUAAAAUACCUCCUGAUUUUGAAUCUCAUGCAUUAGAAUCAAAUGUGAUUCAAGACAGAGGAAAUGACAAUAAGGUUACUCUUACAAGAGAAGUGUCUCUAAUUAGAGAGAGACUGAGAGCUGUCGAAGCAGAAAGUGGCUUCUUAAAACACGCAGCCAUGACAUUACAGAGGGGUGGAGAAGGAACCAAACUCUUGACUGAGAUAGCUCAACAUCUGCGGGAGCUUAGACACUCUGAUACAGCAACAGGGGCAGCAAAUGCAUGACUUUUGUCGAAAAAGUUCUCUUUUUUCUUUUCCGUCUCUCCUGUUCUUCCACAUUAGGAUGUACAGUCUUGGAAGGAGCCCUGAAGGCUGCUUUGGCAUUUCCUCGGAGCUUCACUUCCCAUUGCCUAGAGCCUUGAGGUCCUUCAGGUGAAAUUGGCUUGGAAUCAGACAACUUUGAAAUAAUCCAGCAAAAGGCAUUAUCCACUCACAGGAGGAUUCCAAUGAGAAACGAAGAAAUAGUUUUGUUAAAUGUAAAUGUAUAUACAAGGCUAUAUAUUUGUAAGAUAUCCACCCCCUUAAACCAUCUAUUUCAGACUUGUUUCAGAAGAUGCUACAACAGGAAUUUCACUGACAGCAGUUGUACACACAUACUUGUUUAGCAGAUAAUAUAACUUAGACGUAAUUGAACGAGCA